AUGAAGGUUGCCCAAUGCCCAUGCACUUCACCCUAUUGUAUUUCUUCUCAUCGUGCUUACAGUAACAUACUUACAGUCUUAGACAUGGCUGUCACAGCUCCCUUGUUCACUACCUCGCUGCUUCUUUUGUCACUGCUUGUCAUCGCCACUGCCAAUGACUACAAUUAUGAUUCAUCCAAAAACCAAGCAUAUAAUUAUGGUACAAAACCAGAAGGAGAAGAAAAGCCUGAGCACGGCACAAAACCAGAACUCUACAAACCACAGCCAGAAGACAAGGAAAAGCCAGUAGACUCAGAAAAGACUGAUUAUGGCAGAAAACGAAUUUACCAAACACAGCCAGAAAAACCAGAGUCAGGAAAGGAAGAAAAGCCUGAUUAUGGGAGAAAACCAGUUUACCAACCACAGCCAGAAAAGCCAGAGUCAGAAAAGGAAGAAAAGCCUGAUAAUGGCACUAAACAGAACUUCUACAAACCGCAGCCAGAAGAAAAAGAAAAGCCAGAGUCAGAAGAGGAAGAGAAGCCUGAUUAUAGCACUAAGCCAGACUUCUACAAACCACAGCCAGAAGAAAACAAAAAGCCAGAGUCAUCAGACGAGGUAGAAAAACCAAAUUACAGCGCCAAGCCAGAUUCCUACGAACCAAAAUCAGAAGAAAAAGAAGAGUCUAGUUAUGGUGGAAAACCAUACGUUGCUAAACCAAAGCCGGAAGGAGAAGAAAAUGCUGAUCAUUAUGGCAUAGAGGUUCCAGACUUGUAUCCACUAAAGCCUGAAAUUCUCCCCAUUGGCGUUCAAGGGCUUGUUCUAUGUAAAUCAGGUCCUAAGUAUAAUCCAAUUCAAGGAGCUUUGGUGCGGAUAACAUGUCUGGCUGUUGACGAGAAUGGGUACGAGAAAUCUCACUCUGUUUGCAGAGGAGAAACCGAUGCAAAAGGUUACUUCUUUGCUCCAUUGUCUCCUUUAGGCCUUGACGACCACAGUCAGUUGAAGCUCACAGAGUGCAAGGCAUUUCUGGAAAGCUCCCCAUCGGAGACCUGUAAUGUUCCGGUGGAUGUCAACAAAGGCCUUGGCGGCGCUCCUCUUUCUGAUUUCCGAGUUCUCAAUCAGAAGAGGAUGAAACUUUACUCCGUGGGACCCUUCUUCUUCACCGAUGAAGCUAACUCAGUCUCUAAUGGUUAUUAAACAGCUUAAUGUUUAUCUUCUGUUUUUGGAUUAACGAUUGGCAAGUGGGGUUUUGAUUUUUUUUU